ACGGAGGCUGAUUUGUAAACAAAAACCGUUUGGCUCCAAACAUAACAAACACUGUUCUCAAAAAUCUGCAUAGGAACUAACUAAUAAGCUGACAGUGAAAAUGGUUUGGGGAGCUUUGGCAUCAGUUGGGAUGAGUAUGGUAAUUGGGUUUUUGUGUUAUUCACCAUUUUCCUUGGGUAAAUAUUGGAUGAGAGCCAACUAUCCUGGACAGACAUAUUCACAAGUUAAAGAAGGCUUUAGUCCAGCUAUAAUGCCACUCGUUUUGUGCAGCAGUUCAAUUCUGGUGGCAGUUCUUCAUUACUUUGUUGGACCCUACCUGGGAGUGACAAGUGUUCCUGCUGCCUUAAAGGUUGGGCUUGCUUUGUCUGUUGUGAACAUGCUGGUGAAUUUUCCACACCUGUUGUACAACAGAAGUUCCGUGGUAGCAUACCUGAUUGAUCACUCCUACAAUGCUGCUGUUGUUACAGCAUCUUGUCUGUGUCUGGUGUACUUCAGUUAAGUGUCACAAUGUGUACCUGGUGUACUUUAGUUAACAUCAUGAUGUCUGCCUGGUGCACUGAGUUAACAUCAUGAUGUCUGAUGUACUUCAGCUAUUUACCCACUAUCAUCAUUUGUUCUUUUCAUUUAGAUUUUUUCUUCAGCAUUUUAUUUGUGUCUAUUAUGAAGCAUUAAUGUAUAUAUAGCUGUGUAAUAGUAAGGCUGUAUCUAUUUUUGAUGGAAAAUUCUAUUGGCUGCACAAUCUAUGCUAAAGAUUGUAAUACAUUGUAAUAUCAAUAAUAAGAAAUUGAUCUUUACAAUUAUCAGUAUGUACUCUAUAUUGAUAAAAUUACAAUCCAGUUUGGAAGUUUUCCUUUAUUUAAGGUUUUGUUUAGAAACAAAAGAAAUCAAAAUCAAAGAAAAGUUCAAGAAAAUGAUUACAGUAUAUCA